GGCCCCGCGCCAGCGCAUGCGCCCGCCUGUGUGCGCCGUCCGGGCUGCAAGGGCUGCGAGGUUAGUGAGCUUACCCACAGACGGACGGACCGACGGACAGGCGGCCAGUCGGAUAGACGGGACAGCGCAGGGAGCGGGGACACAGCUGGACAGCGAAAUGGCCGGCCCCACGCAGCAGCCCAGCGGGCGCGGGAAUGCCGGCCCUGCGCCCUCGCCUUCCCCCGGCCCAGGGCCCGGCCCCGGCGCCUCGGAGCGGGUGACGCUCAAGAAGGAGAUCGGGCUGUUUAGCGCCUGCACCAUCAUCAUCGGGAACAUCAUAGGCUCUGGGAUCUUCAUCUCCCCCAAGGGGGUCCUGGAGCACUCUGGCUCUGUGGGUCUGGCUCUCUGCGUCUGGGUCCUAGGCGGGGGCAUCACUGCCCUGGGCUCCCUCUGCUACGCAGAGCUGGGAGUCACCGUCCCUAAGUCUGGUGGAGACUAUGCCUAUGUCACCGAGAUCUUCGGGGGCCUGUCUGGCUUCCUGCUGCUCUGGAGCGCGGUCCUCAUCAUGUACCCCACCAGCCUGGCCGUGAUCUCCAUGACCUUCUCCAACUACAUACUGCAGCCCGUGUUCCCCAACUGCAUCCCCCCGGCCGCGGCCUCCCGCGUACUCUCCAUGGCCUGCCUGAUGCUCCUGACGUGGGUGAAUAGCUCCAGUGUGCGCUGGGCCACACGCAUCCAGGACAUCUUCACCGGCGGGAAGCUGCUGGCCCUGUCGCUCAUCAUUGGCAUGGGCUUUGUCCAGAUCUUCCAAGGACACUUCGAGGAGCUGAGGCCCAGCAAUGCCUUCGACUUUUGGAUGACGCCCUCUGUGGGUCACCUGGCCCUGGCCUUCCUGCAGGGCUCUUUUGCCUUCAGCGGCUGGAACUUCCUCAACUAUGUCACCGAGGAACUAGUUGACCCUCGGAAGAACCUACCUCGGGCCAUCUUCAUCUCCAUCCCGCUGGUGACGUUUGUGUACACCUUCACCAACGUCGCCUACUUCACCGCCAUGUCCCCCCAGGAGCUGCUGGCCUCCAACGCAGUGGCCGUGACCUUCGGGGAGAAGCUGCUGGGCUACUUUUCUUGGGUCAUGCCCGUGUCCGUGGCACUUUCCACUUUCGGAGGGAUCAAUGGCUACCUGUUCACCUCCUCCAGGCUCUGCUUCUCUGGAGCCCGAGAAGGGCACCUGCCCAGCCUGCUAGCCAUGAUUCACGUCAGACGCUGCACCCCCAUCCCUGCCCUCCUCGUCUGCUGCGGGGCCACGGCGGUGAUCAUGCUUGUGGGAGACACAUACACGCUCAUCAACUACGUGUCCUUCAUCAACUACCUCUGCUACGGCGUCACCAUCCUGGGCCUGCUCGUGCUGCGCUGGAGGCGGCCGGCGCUCCACAGGCCCAUCAAGGUGAACCUCCUUGUCCCUGCCACGUACUUGGUCUUCUGGGCCUUCCUGCUGGUCUUCAGCUUUAUCUCAGAGCCCAUGGUGUGUGGGGUCGGCGUCAUCAUCAUCCUCACCGGGGUGCCCGUUUUCUUCCUGGGAGUGUUCUGGAGAAGCAAACCAAAGUGUGUGCACAGACUCACUGAAUCAAUGACACGCUGGGGCCAGAAGCUGUGUUUCGUGGUCUACCCCCAGGGUGCCCCGGAGGAGGAGGAAAAUGGCCCUGUCCAGCCCUCCCCACUACCCUCCUUGGACAAGCCCUUGAAGACACAAUGAGAUACUUGUGGAGCUUGAAGCAGCUAUUUCUGUUUACACGUUGUUUAUUGAGGUGGUGUUUUGCAAAAAAAAAAAAAAAA